CUCUCCUCGUGUGAAAGUCAGGCACCUGAUUGAAGCCAUGCAAACAAAUGGACCAAAAUUGCAGAAUGGCACUAUGAAAAGUAAACCAAAAAAGGCAAGAGUGGCUGUCUUAAUAUCUGGAACAGGAUCGAACCUCCAAGCUCUCAUAGAUAGCACACAGGCGCCCAGUAGCUCUGCGCGCAUUGUUGUCGUUAUUUCCAACAAAGCCGCAGUGACUGGCUUAGAUAAGGCGGCAAGAGCUGGAAUUCCGACCAGAGUAAUUAAUCAUAAAUUAUAUAAAAGUCGUGUAGAAUUUGACACAGCAAUUGACCAAGUCCUUGGAGAGUUCUCCACAGACAUAGUCUGUCUUGCAGGAUUCAUGAGAAUUUUAUCUGGCCCCUUUGUCAGAAAAUGGAAUGGGAAGAUGCUGAACAUCCACCCUUCCUUGCUCCCUUCUUUUAAGGGUGCAAAUGCCCACGAACAAGCCCUGGAUGCCGGUGUCACAGUAACGGGGUGCACCGUGCACUUCGUUGCUGAAGACGUAGAUGCUGGACAGAUUAUUUUACAAGAAGCUGUUCCAGUGCAGAGGGGCGACACUGUUGCAACUCUGUCUGAAAGAGUGAAGUUAGCAGAACAUAAAAUAUUUCCCGCAGCCCUCCAGCUGGUGGCCAGUGGAGCCGUAUGGCUUGAAGAAGAUGGCAAGCUCUGUUGGGUCAAAGAGGAGCCAGCUUGGAAGGAAGUCUAGCUGCUUGCAUGGUGGCUUUUUAUGAUGGACUCAGCCCAAAAGAAAAGCUACUGAAGAAGAGAGUGCCUCACCCUUCCUGCUUCAGCCAUUUCUGAAUGAACAGAGACUCAUUACAAACAAAACUGUGCAGCAUUUCUAAGACGUGUAUUGGCUUUGGUGGUCUUUCAGGUUUUACCUGUUUAUGACCUUCACCUCUAUUUUUUUUAGUUAUAUGUUCUCUAAUCUUUGAAAAGUUAACCGACCAGUCUAAUGGUAAGAUCUCUCCCCCAUAUUGUUUAUCUGUUCCACUUUGAAUUGAGACCUCUCUCAUCCUGAUCAUGAUUUAGUGUCAUAAAAUUUCUGGGUAGCUUCCUUUUCUGAGGUAUAGAGGUAUAGUGUUCUUUGUGCUUUGAAAUAUCUUUAAACAUCCCCCUAGUUAUUGUCAGGUUUUAUAAUACCCAGAUUUUAGCUUUAUAGUUAUUCUAUGGAUUAUAUACAUCCAUACUUUUAUAAGUCACUGGAGGGUUAAAGGGACAGUUUUGGUGGCUUCUAGGUUAUGCAUUCUCUCUAUCACCCCAUCUACUAAAGUAGCAAAUGCCUAUGAUAUGGUUGCUUUGAUAAUUAAAUUUAGUACGUGUGAACUGCUUAGAACCAUGCUUGGGACAGAGUAGGCACUCAAAAGUUAGCAUUUAUUUCAUAAUUUCUCCUAGUUAAGAAAGCUGCCGUAACUCAUUCUUUAAACAGAUACAUCUUGAGCAUAAACUCGAGCAUGGUGAUAAAUGGAAUAUUGGAAGCGUGGUAGUUCUUUUUGGAAGAAGUGAGGGCAAAUAGAGGGCAAUCUACCCAGACUAGUGAAGAAUAUAAUGGCAUUGCGUGCAUUUUCCAUUCUAGCUGGUCAUUUCCAUUCUGGGUAUGCAGUUCUGGAACUAGGACUAGGAGGCUGCAAGUGAACACAUGUGCAUGACCCUUCCCAUGCACAUGGUAGGACACCAAGUUUAGUGCCACAUUCUUGCCAUGGCUGAGUGAGCAAGCAAUGCUGCCCAGCCCAGAAGCAGCCAGCCUUCCUCAGACUGGAGCAGCAAGGCAGGUGAUGUGACCUGAGGGCUGCACCUCACUAGAAGGGUACCUGGAGGCCCUGUUCAAAUCCUCCAUCAAAGUCUAAGCUCAAAA